GUACUGCUCCUCGAGCUGACACCAACGAAAUUAUUGACGCUGCAGCUGCUGUCUCCUUUACUCCGCCGCGCACAGGCACAACACUCCCACUUUGCUCCUCCUCCUCGUCGCUCCCACAAAUCACGCCCGUCUCACUGGCCCUGAGCUUACAAUGGCGCGGCUCCUGGUUGUCGCCGUGCUCGCCGUCUUGGCCAUUGAUCUCAGCGCCGCGACGGACCACAUCGUGGGAGCCAACCACGGGUGGAACCCCAACAUCAACUACUCACUCUGGUCCGGCAACCAGACCUUCUACGUCGGCGACCUCAUCUCGUUCCGGUACCAGAAGUGGACGUACAACGUGUUCGAGGUGAACGAGACGGGGUACGACAACUGCACCAUGGCCGGGGUCGCCGGCAACUGGACCUCCGGCAAGGACUUCAUCCCGCUCCCCGACGCCCGCCGCUACUACUUCAUCUGCGGCAACGGCUUCUGCCUGCAAGGCAUGAAGGUCGCCAUCACCGUCCACCCGCUCCCGCACAACGCCUCCGCCGCCGGCAGCUCCAGCGCACCGGACGAGGCCGCAGCGCCCGGCACGAGGGCUGCCGCCGCAUGGGUGGCGCUGCUCGCGGUCGCCGUGGCUGCCGUUGCUGCUUAGUACUAGCACUUUGAUUCCCUAGCAUUCUUUCAACCUUUUCUUCUGUGUGUUUUGCUACAUUUCCCAGGGUGUUCUAAUUCGACUUCAUUAGUUUUGCACCAACUGUUCAAAU